AUGGUGGAAGUCGUUCCGGAGAUCCUUCCCCUGCUGCAACAGCUCUUUGGUGCUUUGGAUCCCAGGACCAGUGACGUGUCCUCCAGGGUCGCCACAGCCGCCCCCGCCCCCGGCGCAGGCAUCGACUUUGCGCCGCUGGACGAGCGCGACGCCGCGGUCCUCCGGUCCUGGGAUCACAGGUCCUUUGCUCGUCUUGCGGCAGCCGAGCCCGAGCUCGCCAGCCGAUGUGCUCUGCUGCUGCAGCAAUGGUGCUCCGUGCUGAGCUCCGCGAUCAUUGAUGAGGGGUCGCCUGCCAGCCGCCGCUCGACCGGCACCGGCGGCUUGGCACAGGAAGUCACAGCAUGCCGCGAGAGGAGGGCGGCGCUGGCUGCGGCCGUCGAGCAUGCCCAGAGCGACGCCUGCCGGUGCGUCGUGGGCAUGGCCUCAAAGGGCGCCGCCGCGCUGGAGUGGCGUUCGCAGCAGCAGGGCCUGGGAGAGGCGCUGUCAGAUGCUGAAGACUGCCUCCAGUACCUGGAGGUGGUGCAGGAGCUUAUGCAGGGCCUACGGAGUGGAACGCUGGAGGAGGCAAUUGAGGGGCUGCCAAACCUUGUCUCUGCCCUGGCCACAGCCCAACACAUCAGCCGCCACUUCAGCCAGCCAGCAUCCUUUGCGACGGUCCUACAGAUGGUGGAGGAGGAGCUGGUUGCCUUCUGCCAGUCCUCCCUGGAAGCUGGCGGGCGGCUCUGGGACCGGAAGCCCUGCGACCUACUGAUGGCGUGCCAGGCAUGCCAGCGCCUGGAAGCGCAGUGGCAGGCCUUCCGCGCACGCUGCGCCGGCGUGGAGCUGAUCUCGCAGCGGGCCGCCUGGAUCGAACUCCUGGCCGGAUUCACGGAUCUGGAGGGCGUGCCGGAGCUGGCGCGGGAGGGACAGAGCGCCCUGGACCGGGUGCGUCGGCAGCCAUACAACGUCCUCGACACGUCUAAGCAGCAGUUUGGCGUGGAGGUGGAGGGCUUUGCGGUGCACAUGGCGCGCCUGGAAGCCCAGUUCGAGACCAUCACCGAGGCAGCCUUUUCGUGCUCGCACUCCACCACGGCUGCCCUGGAGCUCCUGCAGCACCUGUCCAAUAAUGCCUUGCACAACAGCGAGUACUACAGCGCGAAACGGGCGGCCAUCUUUCAGAUAUAUGCAGGCAAGUACCUGUUGGAGGGAGGGAUGAACUUGGCAUGCUCAGAGAAUGAUGACCUCGAGGGCCUGGAGCGCCACUACGAGCGUCGCAAGAUGGGGCUCGGUCGAAGCCGGAACGCGCUGCCCCUGUCGGGCGACAUCGCAUGGACGCGACACCUCCUGGACCAGAUAGAAGGGCCCAUGAAGAUAUUCAGCCAGGAUCCUGUCCUCUUGGCGGCCAAGGAGAACCGGCGGGUCGUGCGGCGAUACAACCGCCUCGCCGAGACCCUGCUCCAUGCAGAAGCCGUGUGGCAUGCCAGGUGGCAGGCGGCCAUCCCCGCGUUGGAUGGUGCCUUGGCGGCCCCACUCCUGCUCCGGGAUGGGGCCAGGGUGGCAGUGAACCUCGAUCGCAGCGUGCUCGAGGUCGUGCGUGAGGCCAGGCACAUGCGGCGGCUGGGGCUGGAGGUGCCCAACCCCAUGCCGGCCAUCCUGCUGCAGCAGGACCGACUCCAGCGCAGCUACAAGAGAAUCGCACUGGCACUGCAGGAAUGGGAGGAUAUCGAGCAGGCUGUUCAGCCCGUCCUGAGACCUGUGCUGGAGCCCUGCCUGGACUUCAUCAAGGACAAGCUUCUGCAGGGACUGACCAUCACCUGGGCUUCGACGCUUGUGGAGGGGUACCUGCACCGUUUGGAACAGGCGAUACUCCAGGCUGGAAGUCUCAUCCGGGAGCUUAUGAACAUCUGGGAACGCCAGAUAGUAGGUGGACAGGCCACCCUGCGAUCCCUCUUCUUCCUGGACGUUUCUGCUGCCCCUGUAGAGGACCUUGAGCUCUUCGUGGACCGCCAGCGCCGCACCUUGGAGCAGCAGCUGUGCGUGGGAGCGGUCACCCUGCAGCGCAUGCAGCACACACUGCUUCAAAUAAGAGGCCAGCUGGCGGGCUGGGCGCAGACUCACCUGGGACAUGAACCAGGUGCAGGCGCCAUGGGCAACCUUGCUGCUGCGGCCCAGCGUCUGGUGGACGAGGCCGCUCAGGCUGCAUUGCAUCAGACGCUGGCCGGCCUGCUGCAGCUGCUGGGCCCGGGCCCCACGCUCUCUGGACGAACCAGCACCCUGUCCGGGGCCGGCGGGCCUCUGAUCAGGCUCGAGGUUCACCUCCUGCACGCGUCUGUGGCCCUCGUGCCCAGCGUUGCCACUGUCCAGAAGGAGCUCCAAGGGCUGGUGCUUGAGGUCCAGACCAAGGUCCUGUCCCUCCACCUCGCCGACCAAUCGCCCGCCAUCGACGCCAGGCCGGGCUGGGUUAGGGUCGCGGACAGCCUUCAUGGCAUGCUGGCGCAGGUGGUCUCCAGUGUGGACAGGAGCCUGCUCAUGCGACUCAUCGGGAGCGUGGACGAGUGUGCCUUCCUGUGGGAGAUGGAUGCAGGCACGGAGCUGGAGGCUUUCAUCGCCACGACACCGAGCCUGGAGGAUUAUGAGGACCGCCUGGCGCUCUUCGACAGGCUUGAGCAGGCAAUGCGCACACACGUUGCGCAUGCAGCUCAUGCGUUCCUGCAGUUUGAUGCCCAGCCUCUGCUGGCAGGAAUGAUAGAUGAGUUGGCCUCAUGGAAGGCCCUCUUCACCGAGCGCCUGCGAGUCCAGGGGUCAGAUGCCCUGCAGGCUUUGAGCAAGAGGCUGGCUGGGCUCUUACUCGACCUGGAGCGGCCGGUGGAGGACCUGGAGGACUACCGCCACCUCAGCGCCUGUCUCAGCAUCGUACACGACAUGGAGUUCUCCUUCGGGGAUGAUGUGGAGCCUAUCGAGUAUACCUACGCUCUUCUUGGAAGGGUGGAGGCCCAGAUCCCCAAGCAGGAGCUGGACGCGGUAGCAGACCUGAGGUACAGCUGGCAGAAGGUUCUGCACGCCGCCGCAGGGAUGGGGGAGGUGCUCCUGCAAGAGAGGGUCGGCCUGCAACGUCAGCUGGUGGUGGAUGUGCAGGCACUGCGUGCUGAUACCGAAGCUUUCCUCUCAGACUGGGAACAGGAUGGACCCCUCGGCCCGGGCCUCCCGCCCUCUGAGGCUCUGGCAAGAACCAAUCAGUUCCAGCAGAUGUUUGAGGCGCGCAAAGCGCGCUGGGAGGCCUGCAUCUCCGGGGAGGCCCUGUUUGGGAUGCAGGUGACCAAGGUCCCGGGCCUUGCCAGCUUGGAGCGUGAGUUGGCCAAUCUCCACCAGUUCUACAGUUUGUUUGUGGACCUCGUCACGGCUGUGGACCAGCUCAGUGCCAUGCCCUGGAGAGAGGCUGCCAGCCAGAUUACCUCUAUGCUACAACAAGUUGCCUCCUUCCAGAGCCGGAGCGAAACCCUCUCCGAGGCAAGGGAGGAGCUGGAGGAGCUGUUCUCCUGUGCCAAGAGGGAGGAACAGAUUGAGCAGAAGCUGGGGAACAUAGAGGCACAAUGGACCACAGAAUGCUUUGUCUGGGUCGACCACAAGCUUCGACCCGCCAGCAUCCUGAAGGUGGCUUCUGACACAUCUGAGCUCAUGGAGCGGCUGGAAGAUGCGCUGCUGGGCCUCACUUCCUUGAUGAGCAAUCGCUACUCUGCCUGCUUCAGGCCAGACAUCCAGGCCUGGACCUCCAAGCUGUCCACCAUCAGCGACGUUAUGGAGCAGUGGCUUGUGGUGCAGAACAUGUGGAUGUACAUGGAGGCCGUCUUCAGCGGCGGAGACAUCGUGAGGCAGCUCCCCCAGGAGGCGCGUCGCUUUGCUGCGAUCGACAAGAGCUAUGAAAACCUGUUGCGCCACACCCGCGAGAGCCAGACCUGCCUGGCAGCCUGCUGCAACUCCGAUGUCAUGCAGCACAUGCUUCCCAGCCUGGUACAGCAGCUGGAGGUCGUGCAGAAGAGCCUGUCGGCCUACCUCGAGAGCAAGAGGUCUGAGUUUUCGCGCUUCUACUUUGUGGCCGAUGCCACCCUGCUGGAGAUUCUCUCCCUUGGGUCGGAGCCUGCGGCUGUUGUGCCGCACUUCCAAUCAGGCCUGUUCGAUGCCCUGCACAGCAUAACCUUUGACAAGGAAACCUUGCGCGUCCUGGCGCGCCAGGCACUCAGGGACGUGUAUGAGCAGGAUCUGGAGACCUUCCUCUUCUCUCACCCGGCUCAAAUCGCACUCCUGGGCCUACAAUUCCAGUGGACCCUGGACACCCAUUUGGCACUCGCCGCAGCCGGCAAGGACAAGUCGGCUGUGAUGAAGGUGCAGCGCAAGGCGGACGGCAUCCUACAGACGUUGGUGUCCCUCACUCUGCGCAACGAUCUAACCUCGAUCCAGCGCACCUCCCUGGAGACCUGCAUCACCGUGUACAUGCACCAGAAAGAGGCACUGGAUGAUCUGGUGAGGAAGAAGAUCAAAGACCCAUCCGACUUUGAGUGGCAGAAGCAGGCCAGGUUUUAUUGGCUGGAGGAGAGGGUCCUGGCCCAGAUCUCCAUCUGUGAUGUGGAUUUCGAGUACAGCUUCGAAUACCUGGGAGUGAAGGAACGGCUGGUCAUAACACCCCUCACCGAUGUCUGCUACAUCACCCUCUCCCAAGCGCUGGGCAUGUUCAUGGGACCCGCCGGAACUGGAAAGACAGAGACCACAAAGGAUCUUGGGAACACUCUGGGGAAAUAUGUUGUGGUGUUCAACUGCUCUGACCAGAUGGACAUCAAAGGCAUGGGCAAGAUCUUCAAGGGUCUCGCCCAGUCUGGGCUGUGGGGUUGCUUCGAUGAGUUCAACAGGAUCAAUGUCGACGUCCUUUCAGUCUGUGCCCAGCAAAUACACUCAAUCUUCUCGGCACUCCGUGAGCAGAAGACCUCGUUCCUCUUCACUGAUGGGACAACCAUUCCCCUGGACCCACGUGUCGGGAUUUUCAUCACCAUGAACCCUGGGUAUGCCGGGCGACAGGAGCUCCCAGAGAAUCUGAAGGUCCAGUUCCGCGGGGUUACCAUGAUGGUUCCCAACCGCCAGAUCAUCAUGAAGGUGAAGCUGGCGGCAUGCGGAUACCAAGAGAAUGACGUCCUCUCCCGGCGCUUCCACACGCUGUAUGGCCUGUGCGAGCAGCAGCUCUCACGCCAGCCCCACUACGACUUUGGCCUCCGCAACAUCCUGGCAGUGCUGCGCUCCUGUGGAUCUCUGAAGCGCCAAAACCCCCAACAGUCCGAGAUGCAGCUGCUCAUGCGCGCCCUGCGCGACAUGAAUGUCAGCAAGCUGGUGGGCGAUGACCUGCCCCUCUUCCUGAGCCUGGUGGAAGACGUCUUCCCCGGGCAGAAGCUGGAGCGCAUGCAGCUGGGGGACGUUCAGGCCAUGCUAAAGACGGUGGCCAAAGAGGCUGGACUGCAGACCCACGGCCCCUGGCUCAACAAGUGCAUGCAGCUCCAUGAGACGAAUCAGGUUCGGCACGGCAUCAUGGUCAUUGGGCCCGCCGGGGCUGGCAAGACCAGCGUCAUGGAGAGCCUGGCAGCUGCGCACACUCGCCUGGGUGCCAAGACGGUGCUGUGGCGCAUGAACCCCAAGUCCAUGCGUGCCGAGCAGAUGUUCGGGCAGGUGGACCCUGCCACGGGCGAGUGGACGGACGGCGUGUUUGCAGUGCUGUGGCGCCGCGCGGCGCGGGCCCAGCACCAGCACACCUGGAUUGUGAUGGACGGACCCAUCGACGCCAUCUGGAUCGAGAACCUGAAUUCAGUCCUGGACGACAACAAGGUGCUCACGCUGUCAAACGGGGACCGUAUUCAAAUGACACAAAAGAUGCGGGCCAUGUUUGAGGCCGAGAAUCUGAACAAUGCGUCGCCUGCCACAGUCUCUCGCGCGGGAAUCGUGUACGUCUCCCCGGCCGACCUGGGCUGGCAGCCCAUGCUGGAUUCCUGGCUUGCGCAGCGACGAACCCCGGAGGCACUGGUCCUGCGGCCCUUGUUUGACCGCCUUGUCGCCCCUCUGCUGGAUCACGUCAGGUCGGCGUGCACGCCCAUCAUGCCGGUGGAGGCCUGCGGUCUGGUGGGGACCCUGCUCACACUGCUGACGGGGAUGCUGGACGGUGUGGCCUCGUCCGCCCCAGACGGCGGCGCAGCAAUGACCCCCACCCAGGCGCCGCAGCUGGAGUCCGUCGUGCUCUUCUGUCUGGCAUGGUCCCUUGGAGGCCUGCUCGAAAAUGCCGACCGGACAGGCUUUGAUGCCAAGCUCCGCAACCUGAGCCAGGCCGCUCCUCCCCUGGAUGGGAGUGGCCUGUCCACCAUUUACGACUAUGUCUAUGAUGUGGCGGGGGCCCGCUGGACACCCUGGGUCCAGCUGGUGCCGAGGUGGAGCUACCCCACCCCUGGGGCGCGGGUGGCCCUGAGCAAGACAGUGGUGCCGACCCUGGACUCCACACGCUACGGCUACCUCAUGAAGCUGGUGCAUGCUGCAGGGAAGCCUGUUCUGAUUGUUGGGCAGCCUGGCACCGGCAAGUCCACUCUCGUUCGGCAGUACCUGAGUCGGGCAGGCGAGGGCGGUCUGGCGUCCAAGACGCUGGUCCUGUCAUCGCUGACAAGUCCUGGGGCUCUGCAGUACUCUGUAGAGAGAUCCAUGGAGAAGCGGCAGGGGAGGAGCUAUGGACCCCCCACAGGCAGGAGGAUGACCGUGUUCUUCGAUGACAUCAACAUGCCCGCUAUCAAUGAAUGGGGUGACCAGCCAACCAAUGAGCUGACGCGCCAGCUCCUUUCUCAGAGCAGCUACUACUCCCUGGAGAAACCCAUCGGGGACCUGAACUUUGUCGUCGACGUGCAGUAUGUGGCGUGCAUGCGAGCUCCAGGAGUCGGGUCGCAGGACAUCCCCUCCCGGCUCAAGCGCCAGUUUGCCAUCUUUGGGCUGCCCUCGCCUUCCGUGGAGAGCGUGAGCAGCAUGUUUGGCGCAGUCCUGGAGGGCCGGUUCCACACCGCUGCCUUUGGGCGCGCGGUCGCGGACGCCGCCUCGAGCCUGGUGGCCGCCACCCUGGCAGUGCUGGAGGAGGCCCAGGCAAACCUGCAGCCCGCCCUGCCGCGGCUGCACUACCAGUUCUCCUUGCACGACGUUGCCAAGGUGGUUCAGGGAAUGCUGCAUGCCAGCAGCGACCACGUCCUUGGCAAGCACCCAGGCUCAUCGCCACCCACCUACAUCGCUGGGCUGUGGCGGAACGAGGUGUCGCGAGUGUUUGGAGACAAGCUGGUGUGUGCGGAAGACAAGGCCUUCCUUGCCACCGUCAUUGCAUCGCAGCUAGACAAGGCUGGUCAUGGCGGUCUUGGGGAGCUGGUCCAGUACGCAGGCUUCACCCAGGAGCGUCUGGAGGGGAGGCAUGGAGGAGCCCUGGUGCUGCCGGCGUACAUGGGCAUCCCGCAGGCCGCGGCGUCUCUGAAAACAUACAUUGAGGGUGCACUGGCGGGUGCCGGCUCCAGCUCUCGCUCACAGAAUGCGGAGCUGGUCAUGUUUGACGAUGCUCUGGGUCACACCGUCGGAAUUGCUCGCCUGCUUGGCAUGGAGAGGGGGUCUGCCGUACUGGUGGGUGUAGGCGGGUCAGGCAAGCAGUCGCUGGCCAGGCUGGCAGCGACACUGGUGGGGGCGAGCGUCUUCCAGAUCACCAUGGCGAAACAGUAUGGCGUUCCCCACUUUCUGGAGGAUCUCAAGGUGCUCUGCAAGGCGCUGCUGGCAAAGAAUCAGCCCAUCUGCUUCAUUGCGACCGAUGCUGAGAUGAGGGAGGAUGCCUUCCUGCAGCACCUCAACCAGCUGCUGGUCACAGGCGACAUACCAGAGCUCUUCACGCGGGAGGAGAUGGACGCCCUGCUGAGCGACCUGCGCCCAGCCAUGAAGCUGGCAUCGCCCGAUGUACCAGAUACUGCGGAAAAUCUGCGUGCCCACAUGGCCGAGUGCAUCCAGACGCGGCUACACCUGGUCCUGUGCUGUUCCCCCGCGGGGCCACAGUUCAGGCGGUGGAUCCAGCAGUUUCCGUCCCUGCUGUCCGCAUGCCAAGUGGACUGGUUCUUGCCCUGGCCCGAGGAUGCCAUGGUGGGGGUUGCCGGCCAGCUCCUGCACUCUGCGCGCCUGCCGGUCACCCAUACCAGCCAGCUGCAGCGCCUGAUGGCCCGCGUCCACCAGCACAUUGCAGAGACCUGCCAGGUGUACUUGCGACAGACAAAGCGGGCUGUGCAUGUGACACCAAAGUCGUUCCUGUCGUUCGUGAACAACUUCAAGAGCAUCUACCAGAUGAAGCUGCAGCAGACCACGACGCAGAUAACAACCCUAACAAAUGGCUUGCAGCGCAUGGCGCAGACGCGUGAGGAUGUCGCGAACAUGCAGACCCAGCUCGCCAGCAAGACAGAGAAGCUGGAGGCCGCUGCCAGCGAGGCCAAGGCCCUGCUGCACCAGAUCUCCGUCUCCACCAGUCAGGCUGAGAAGGACCGUCAGAAGGUUGCCGCAAUCGUGGAGACUGUGACGGCCAAGGCGCACGACAUAGCGGCUGUCAAGCACGAUGCGGAGCGAGACCUGGAGGAGGCCCAACCAGCACUCCAAGCCGCGCUGGCAGCGCUCAACUCCAUCACUCCCACGGAUAUCACGUCGCUGAAGGCGCUGAAGAACCCGCCAAACAUCGUGAAGCGCAUUUUUGACUGCGUGCUGCUCCUCAGGCACUUUCCAGUCAACAAUGUCGCCUGGCAAGAGCUCAAGGGCACCAUGGUCAUUGCUGGGAGCUAUGAGGACGCCGUCAAGAUGAUGGGCGACCUGAACUUCUUGCAGUCGUUGAUCCACUUCCCCAAAGAGGCCAUUUGUGAUGAGACCGUGGAGCUACUCCAGCCAUACUUCUCUGCCCCAGACUUCAACUUUGCUAGCGCCAAAAAGGCCAGUGGGAAUGUGGCAGGACUCUGCAACUGGGCAGAGGCCAUGUGCAAGUUCCAUGCCGUUGCCAAGGUGGUCGAGCCCAAGAUCUCAGCGCUGCGAGACGCAGAGGCUGAACUCAAGCUUGCAGCCAGGGAGCGGAUGCUGGCCGAGGAAGAUCUGGCGGUUGUGCAGGGCAACCUCGACCAAAUGCAGCAGCAGCUGGAUGCAGCCAUUGCCCAGAAACAGGCACUGGAGCAUGACCUCAGCACUGCCCAGUCCAGGAUGACCACCGCCAGCUCCCUGCUGACAGCUCUGAAGGGCGAGGAGGGGCGGUGGACGAUGCAGCUGGAGGCAUACCGGAGCAGCGCAAAUGCUCUGCUGGGAGACUGCAUCGUUGCUGCAAGUUUCCUUUCUUACCUCGGGCCCUUCAACAAGGCGUUCCGGGACACCCAGCUGCAGAAGGAACUGGCCGCAGCCUGCACCUCCCUGGGGGUCGCCACGACGCCCCAUCUUCAGGUCCUGGACUUCCUCGUGGACGAGCAGGAGAAGGCGCAGUGGGUCGCAGAUGGCCUCCCCGCUGACGAGCUCUCCCAACAGAAUGGAGUGAUAGUAUCGAGGGCAUCCCAGUGGCCCCUCCUCAUCGAUCCGCAGGGGCAGGCCCGGGCGUGGCUCCUAAAGAAAGAGGAGGCCAAGGCCAUCUGCACCGUCCAGGCCGCAGAUGCAGGGUUCCGGGCGACCCUGGAGUCGUGCCUGCAGGAGGGCAGGCCCUUGCUGAUUGAGAACAUUGAUGAGGAGGUGGACCCCAUCCUGGAUCCCAUACUGGAGCGGCGCUUCAUCACGAGAGGAGGCACGAUGCUUGUGACGCUGGGCGAGACUGAGGUGGAAGUGGCCAAGGGUUUCCGCCUGUACAUCACCACCCGGCUGCCCAACCCCAACUUCACGCCGGAGCUGGCGGCCAGGGUGACGCUCGUGGACUGCACCGUGGCCCGCGUGGGGCUGGAGGACCAGCUGCUCAGCCGGCUCAUACUGAAGGAGAAGCACGAGCUGGAGCACCAGCGUCGCAAGCUGGUGGCGGAGGUCCAAAACUACCACGCCAAGAUCUCAGAGCUGGAGGAGGAGCUGCUCCAGCGCCUGUCCAACUGCGAAAACCUGCUGGAGGACGGCGACCUUCUCAACAUCCUCGCCAGGACCAAACAGACAGUGCAGGACGUGGAUGAGCGGCUGGCCACCGCAUCGGACACACGGAAGAAGAUACAGGUAGCGUGCGAGGAGUACCGUCCCGCGGCGCGCCGUGCCAUGCUGCUCUACUUCCUCAUCACCGACUUCUCGGUCACAUCCCUGGCACAAUUCACUGCGCUCUACGAGCGCUCCAUCGACCAGGCUGAUCGCUCCGUAGUCCCAGCAAAACGCGUGCUGCACAUAACUGGCGCGCUGGAUCACUUUACCUAUGCGGCCUUCCUGUACGUGUGCCGUGGACUCUUUGAGCGCCAUCGUGCUGUCUUUGCCUUUGCUCUGAGCUGCACCCUCAUGGUACAGGCGGAAUGGCUGUCCAAGCCCGUGUGGCACCGUCUGCAGUCUCUCCAGGGCCUCCGGGGCCUGUCAGACAUCCUGGCGGUCCUGGCCAGGGGCGAUGCCGCCUGGCACGCCUGGGCGGGCGCGGAGAUGCCGGAGAGCCUCCCCCUGCCCGAGCUGGACGCCCGGGUGUCCCCGCUGCAGCGUGUCCUCGUCGUCUGGGCCCUGAGGGAGGACAGAGCCAUGAUGGCCGCGGCACGCUGCGUGAGAGCCACGCUGGGGGAGCGCUACACCGAACCCCCGCCAGCUGGCUUGGAGGAGGUGCUCAAGGAGAGCGGCCCCUCCACCCCCAUCAUCUGCCUCCUCUCACCAGGCAAUGCCAGCGGGCAGGGAGUGGGCGCCGACCCCACCGAGCAGAUCGAGACGCGGGCCAAGCAGGCCAAGGCCAAGCUCAGCAUCCUGUCCAUGGGGCAGGGCCAGGAGGUGGCUGCCCGCCGGCUCGUCAGCACCGCUGCCUUGGAGGGCCGCUGGGUGCUCCUCCAGAACACGCACCUCAACACCCAGUACCUGGCCGAGUUGGAGUGGCAGCUUGCGGCCGAUCGAGCCCACCUCCACCCCGACUUCCGGCUGUGGCUGACCACCAGCCCACACCCCGGCUUCCCCAUCGGCCUGUUGCACGCCGGCCUGCGCAGCACCAACGAGGCGCCCACGGGCCUCAGGGCAGGGCUCAAGACCUCCUACGCCUGGGUGUCCCAGGACACCCUGGACGCGGUCAACCGCCCCGACUGGCGCCAGCUGGUCUACAUCACCUGUUUCAUGCACGCCGUGCUUCAGGGGCGGCGCAGGUUCGGCCCCAUCGGCUGGACCAUCCCCUACGCCUUUGACCAGGCGGACCUCGCCGCCGCACUGCACUUCCUGCAGAACCACAUGGCGGAGGUGGACACAAAGCGCGGCCAGGGCCCCAACUGGGGCACGCUGCAGUACAUGGUGGCCAUGGUGCAGUACGGUGGGCGCGUGAGCGAGGACGCGGACCGGCGCCUGCUGCAGACGCUGGCGGAGCACUUUUACGCGCCCGCCAUGCUGGCGCGGGGGGCCAGCCUGCACACCGGGGGCGGGGCGCCGGGGCCCUACGCCGUCCCCGACGCGCCAGGCCUGGAGGCGCACCAGGCCCUCAUCCAGGCCAUCCCGGAGGCUGAGGCCCCGGAGGUGUACGGCCUGCACUCCAGCGCCGAGCUGGCCUUCUGCACUGUCCAGGUGCACGCCGACCUCGCCGUGCUGGCCCAGAUCCAGCUGCACCGCGCCCUGGGCCAGUCGGCCACUGCCCAGCCCGGCGCUGGCGAGGCGCACGACGCGCCGGGCGGCCGGGCAGAGGAGUGCCUGGGCGAGCUGUGCGCCGCGCUGCUGGCGCGUCUGCCCGCGCCGCUGGAGGAGGCGGCGGCCCUGAACCGGGUGCUGCACUAUGUAAUGGCAACGCUGGCCAGCCUGGCGCGUAUGGCCGCGGGAACGGGGCCGCAGACGCCGGCGCUGGGCGCGGCGGCCCACGCCCUGCUGGCCGGCGGCCUGCCCCCGGACUGGGCCGCCCGCUCCUGGGACGGGCCGGGGCUGGCGCGGUGGGAGGCGGGCCUGGUCGCGCGGCACGAGCAGCUGGCGCGGUGGCUGGGCGCGGGGGCGCCGCCCCCCAGCCUGUGGCUGGGGGGCCUGGCCAACCCCGCGGGCCUCCUGUUGGCGGUGCGGCAGGAGGCCGCGCGGCGCCACGCCGCCGAGCGCUGGUCCCUGGACGACAUGGGCCUGGCGAUGGAGGUGACAAGGCUGGACCCCGGCGCCGUGCGCGAGGGGCCCCCUGAGGGCAUCUACGUGCAUGGCCUGGCGCUGGAGGGCGCGGGCUGGAGCCGGCGGCACGACUGCCUGGUGGAGGCGGAGGCCGGCCGGCCCCUCGCCGCCAUGCCCGUGCUGCUCAUCACCGCGGUGCCGGCCAGGGACAGGCCCCAGGGACGCGUGUACGAGGCCCCCUGCUUCCGCACGCCGGAGCGGGGCCAGGCGGGGCUUGUGGCCAGCCUGCCGCUGCGGACCAGUGUGGAGCCCGCGCACUGGGUGCUGCGGGGCGUGGCGCUCAUCUGUGCGGCCGCGUCCUGA